CCAGGCUUGGUCAAUUCAUACAAUCUGAUCCGUGACUGUGCGCGCUAACAAAUUUUAUUUAGAAGCAAUAUUGUCAAGAACGAGUAUAACUUUUUUUCGAAACAGUGAAAAGAUAUCCAUCAGCCAAAAAAUGUAUAAAAAUCGAGAAACUCGAUAUCGUUUGUCAUGAACUUUCGCUUCUGGAAAACCCGAGAUCGUCCGAUUUACCAGCCAGAAACCCGACAUUUAGUCAUUAAAAUUCACACUCAUGUGAUACUGUCGGCAUAGUCUAAUGCAUCCAUGAUAAGGAGAUAAAGAUCUUGCAAAAUAGUAAAGUAGUUUCCUGCUCAGUUUUCCUUAACUUGAUUCAGAUAUCCAAGAGAAAAAAGAGAUUAAUCAUCAUAAAUCACACAUUCAUCAAAUGCAAUGAUAAUGAAAAUAUAGAAUUCAUAUUAUGAUACUUCCAUUAUAGAAAAAUAGAUAACACGAGGAAACGACUAUUUAAAUUUUCGAAGAAAAUGCCAAUUCUUUCAAAUUUGUCUCAUCGAUUUCAUAUGUUAACAACCGAUGCAAAACCUGACCCACCGCGAAUACCAGUCGAGGGAUAUACGCACAAUCUAGAAUCAAAUACAGUUAACGAUGAUGAACCGAAAACAACGAAGUUUGAAUCUGUUUCUAUCACUUCAGAAGCACAGUUAGAACAAAAUGUAACAUCGUCUGAAAAAAAUAACGCAGCACCUAUUACAAAUACUAAAUCUUCUACCAAAGAGCAAGAUCUAAAUGAUACAAAAGCUUCUUCACAGAAUGCAAAUGAACGUAAAAUACCGAAUGUUAAAACGAAAACAAAGUCGAAACAACACAAACAUUCACAAGGAGAGAGAACGCGUGUAGUGAAUUAUAAUAUAAUUAAUUCAAACGGUGUAAAAAUUGGUUCGAGGACUAGUUAUAUUUGUAAUAUUAAUCAAUUUGCUAAUGGUCAUGUUAAAGCAACAGAAGAGCUAUGCUCAAAAAAAAUUCGACAAAUGCCAGCAGAAGUAGAACGCUUGUGUGUUUGCACUGACGAAAUUACCUUAGAUGAUAUAUUUACGAUUAAAACUUAUAUUGGACAUGGUUGGAGAGACGUCGCUAGGAAGCUGUUAUAUUCAGAGGGUCAGAUUGAACAAUUUGAAGAAAAUUAUAAAUUCAGAGGCAUAAGCGAAGUAAUUUAUCAGCUAUUUCUUGACUGGAAACGAGCUAACACAAAAAAUGCAAACAUUGGAAAUUUGAUAAACAUCUUAUGGAUUUGUAAAGAAUAUGAUUGCGCAAUACUAUUAGCUUCUGCUCGCAAUAUCAAUCUAAAAUACCAUAAGUGACAAAGGCACUUCAGAAUAAAGUUGCAGUAGCAACAUAACAGAUUUAAACACACAGGUAUUUCAAAUAGUUAUUUUAUUCUUAUGAUUAUCAAUGGCCUAUUAUCUAUCGAUAUGUGCUUCGCACAAAACAAUCAUUUAUAUAGUUUUGCAUUAAUAAUUACAUAAAAUCUCUCACUGUAUAAUGUUCAGAAGUGCAUCUUCUUUUUAAAUGCAAUUAUUUAAAAUUU